AGCCAGGGGUAAAAGCAAGAUGCGAUUAACUUUACUCAGCCGCGAUCCUCUCUCUACGAAUCAUGGGACGUAUUUUAUAUUUCAUCUAGGUAAUUUUAUCUAGUGUGACAUCGGUCAAGAUUAUUCCGAGAUAUAGUAUCCUACCUAUACAUAUGUGUGUCUUGGAAUUUGAACCUUUUUUCACCAUCCGUCUCUCAACGGUUCUCAACCAAACAAAGAUUACUCAGCUAGCUCGAGUAAUUCACUCUCAUUUAACAGCAGCGACCAAACGCAUCUCCUACUUGAUCAAAAUCUUCUACCAAACAUACCAUAUCAGGCCACUGUUUUCUUAUUCUUGUCCUAAUUCACCUAUCAACCUAUAAUAAUUCGCUCAAGAUGUCUACCGAAUCUACCGUGAAGGCCUUCUUCAACUCCCCCCAAUUCGCCGUGGUCGGGGCCAGCACGAACCCCGCCAAAUUCGGUCAUAAGGUCUUCGCCUGGUACCACGCGCACUCCCUGCCCGUAACCCCCAUCAACCCAGCGAGCCCGUCGAUCGAAACGCCCUUCGGCGUGCACCCGACCAUCAAAUCGCUCUCCGAGCUGCCAGACCCAGAGCACACCUCGCUCUCAGUCAUCACGCCGGCACCAGUGACUCUAAACGUGCUAAAGGAAGCGAAGAAGCUCGGCAUCCCAGCCGUGUGGCUACAGCCGGGGACGUGGGACGAGUCCGUGAUCGCGUUCGCGCGCGGCACCGCUGACGAAGGAGAGGAGUCCGGCUACCGCGGCGCGGUGGUAGCGGGCGACGGCGGCAGCGGGCACGGCGGGUGGUGCGUGCUCGUGGACGGGGAGAGGGGCCUGCGGGCGGCGGGAAAACUGUGAGUGAGCCACCCGCCUCUCAUCAACCCUGAACCCCUCCAAAAGAAAAAAAAUAUCAUUUCUGCUGCUCGGGUGAAAGCGAGCGGGUUGUCAGUUUUCCCGAACAAAAAUACACAAAUCAAAAAUAUCAAAUGAAUGAAUCAAUGAACAUAGGCUUAAACCCUUAGGAAGAGGCGUGGCUUGGGAGAGCUUGUGGGAGAAGUGUGUCGCCUGAUGUGACGGCAUACGCGGACGCAUGAGCGGGCGGACGGACGCGACGGCGGUAUAAGCGAUGUUCGACUUACUUCUCUUCUUUCCGCCUUACACGAUAGAUUUCGAAUGCAUUGUUCUCGUUAUAAGAGAUUUUCUUAUUCAUUUUAAGAACCGACUACCUACCUAGCUUAUGUGUAUGAUUAUGUUAUUAUCCAGCAUUUAUGAACCAAAUAUUACUUGUUUCUUCA